UCAGGGAAUGAGUGAAGAACUCUUCGACAGUUCACACAUGUGUACUGUUUUACCAAAACUCUUUAUGUAACGUGAUGAAUUCACAUCGAUAAACAGAUGUGGUGACUCUUGAAGUAAGUCACCGUGGGAUCAUGGAGCAUUUGGGAGUUUUGUCUGUUCUGGCCACCGCUUGUGUUUUGGGAGUGGUGAUGAGUCAGACAACCCUCAGCCCUGCUGUGACAAUCACCACAGUCAGUGCAAACGUGACCACUGCCACUCCCAGCAUGCCCACCACUACAGCUGCCAGCUGCUCUGGACUCAACACGUCCACCUGCGAGGCCUGUGCUUCCGGCUUUUAUUCCGAUAAUGAGACUCUGCUGUGUUCUUGUUGUCCAGAGGAUGGUCUGUGUAUGUUCUCUGGAGCUUGUCUUUUCUGCACUCAGGGUUUCUAUCAACCUCUAGCAGGACAGCAGAGUUGUCUGCCCUGUUCAUCUGGGUUUUACAGCAAUUCCACUGGAAGUCCUGUUUGUCAGGCGUGUCCCACUGGUUCUUACAGUAACAGCACAGGCUCUGUCUCCUGUAGGGCCUGCACACCAGGUUUCUACACAUCUUUGCAAAAUUCAACAUCUUGUAAUCCAUGUCCACAAGGCACGUACUGCAAUUCCUCCAGUUGUGCCCAGUGUCAGAUCUGUCCUGCAGGCUCAGAAGCUCUACAGAUCGCUGCCAAAGAAUGUACACCCUGUCGCCCAGGAAUGCACAAGCCGUCCCAUCAAACGAUGUGUCAGAUUUGCAGCAGUGGUUUCUACCAGAUCCGCUGGGGUCAGGAGAACUGUGACCUGUGUCCUGAAAACCACUACUGUCCUAGUCCUGAUGUAAAUCCAAUCCAAUGCCCCUCUGAUGCCUUCUGCCCUGAGGGUAGCAUGGCCCCUGGCUACUGCAUGGAGACCUUCUUCAGAAAGGCAGGGGAGACAUGUGAACUUGCUCCUGUUACCAUAGCACUGCUUGUUAUUGGAGGAGGAGUGGGUCUUCUCUUUAUCAUUAUGUUGGUUUUGCGAAGGAGAAGAGAUAAUGACAGUGAGCUAUCCCUCGCUCAGACACUACUCCUGCGAAAAGUCAGACCACCUGGUCGCUUCUACGGUAUCCCCUGUAAUGCCGAGCCUGUUUAUGCUGGCUGGUGAUGUUACCACAUACUUCCCAAAUCACUCCAACAAACCAGAGCACCUCUACAUCAGCUCAGGCUUUUGUGUAUCUUUGGGUUGAAAUCUGGACCUCAUGAUAAUGUAGACACAGAAUCAAAAAAUAAAUAGUAAAGUAAAAAAAUAAAAAAAUAAAAAAAUAAAUAAAAAUAAAAACAUGAGCCAUUUUCAGGUGCACAUAUUUUGUAUGAUAUUUUCUAUUUAGACAAUCCUUUUAUUGAACUGUCCUAAGUUUUAUGUAAUGGUAAAAUACUAUCAACUAUGUUUAAUGAAUGAAGACACAGCACUUUUCUACAUUACAGUUUUAAAUCAGUUUAAUACUGACCAUGUUACAGAGUUAGGGUUCUUUUUGGGAGUUGGGAGAGUAAGAGUAUUCAGUAUUUUUUGUUUUGUUUUUGUUAUGUGUUUUAUAUAUAUAUAUAUAUACACACACACUACCGGUCAAAUGUUUUGAAACACUCAUUCUUUAUUAUAAUUUUUGUUCACAUUUUAGAAUAAUAGUAAAGUCAUUAAAACUAUGGAAUAACAUAAAUGGAACUAUGGGAAUUAUGUUGUGACUAAACAAAAUCCAAAAUGAAUCAAAACUGUGUUAUAUUUUAGCAUCUUCAGAGUAGUCGCCCUGUGCCUAGAUUUUGCAGACAUGAACUCUUGACAUUUUCUCAACCAACUUCUUGAGGUAUCACCCUGGGAUGCUUUUUAAACAGUAUUGAAGGAGUUCCCAUCUAUGUUGGGCACUUAUUGGCUGCUUUUCUUUAUUAUUUGGUCCAAGUCAUCAAUUUAAAAAAAAAUUUUUUUUUUUUUUAAUGAAAUAAAUUAAUGUGGUGGCACAAUUAUAUUUUUGUCUACAAAACUAAUUUUAAACAUUUAAGCAUACACCUUCAGAUCAAAAGAUUUUUAAGAUCAUGAGAAAAAUUUCAGUCAAGUGUUUCAAAACUUUUGACCGGUAGUAUAUAUAUAUAUUGCACCAGAUAUUAAGUUAAGCCAUAGCACUGAAUGGGUUUUGGACCCUAUGCUGGAUUAUGCUUAUUUUGUUCACAUAUUGUGUUUAUUUCUUGAUGCCACUACUCUUUAUUACCUGGGGUCCUCAAGGUACUUUGUAUGAUGUAGAUUUGCAUUAUUGCUUGUAUUUAACUUGUGAUGUGCCACAUAUUACUUUUAAAACAAAAACAUUUUGACAAUUUCCAGUGUGUAUGCUGGAAUAAAAAGCUUUGCACAACUUUGAUGUAAACGUGCAGUGUGUAUUUGAGUUUAAUGUGCAUAAAUGUAAUUUCUUUUUUUUUUUUCCAGAAAUCCUCUGAAUGUGCUUUCACCAACUGAACUGUCAUAUGAUCAAACUGUCAUUUAUUUAUUUAAUUAUUUAUUUAUUUAUAAUGACGGCAGUGGAUGGUAGUUUACUGUAGCAGUAACUAUAGGAACUAUGGUAUUUUGUCAGAACCCGUGGUUUGCAUGGUGAAAGGGCAGCCCGAAACACAUUUUUACUUCUCUUUUUUUAUUAUAACAGAAACAACAUAAAGGUAAAAGUAGAUCAUCAUGUGUCAUUUUAUAAGUGGAUAACACAAGGAAUUGUAAUGUUUCACUAUGAGGAAUAUAUAUUACGUUUGUAUAUAAUAUUAAUAUAUAAUACAAGUUAUAUAUUAAGUAAUGUAUCUUAUAGUAACAUUAUAAUAAUUUUUAUAACUUUUUUAUAUACAUUAUUCAGUUAUAUAUUUUGUGUAAAAAAAUGUUGUCAGUGAUUUCAAAGACAGUACAUUUAAAUGUU